AUGUACAGGCAGGCGACGCAGAAAACGGGCGAGGUGCUGUCCAUGCCGUCGCAGUGGCUGGGCAUGUACUCCGACUUCAUCACCAAGAACAGCAGCGCCGUUACCCAGAUUGAAUCCGCACUGCGGUCACUAACAUACAUUAUACCUGGCCGCUUCCGGGAAUCAGAAGUCGCAUCCGAAUCCAUACACAGCGGCGUCCAAGUACUCUCCCUAUAUCAUGACUCUCUCCUCUCAAAAGCCAUGGCACAAAUGCCCGGAACGCGGCGGCAGCCCCUCACCCCGCAUCAUCGAUACACCAAGUUCUGGACGCAGAACUCGCCCACAUACAAGCGCAUCGCGCUAGUCCUCCAGAUGAUCCAAUACACAGAACUGCUAUGGGAGAUGGCAGCGAAGCGGAAGGGCGAGAAGGUGCGAUGGCGCGUCGUGGUGUUGCUGGAGAUUGUCAAGGCAGUAUGUCGGUUGCUGCUGCUUCGAUUGACCAACUCGAGACCACUCCUGUCGCCGCCGCUUCCACAACGAGAGAUUGAUCCGAGCUCGUUGGAGGAGUCUUCGGCAUCGGCUGAUGGCAUGGACACGCCGCCGAGUGAGCGCUCAGUCGAGGCAGAGAACUGGGCAAUGCCUAGGACAGGCCUCUCCAUGCCCAGCCUACCGGACUCUUCGGAUAUCUCAAGCUACCUCCUCUCCAAGGUCCUGACUGCGGACGAUAUCAAGCCCCCGAAGGCCCUGCUCCACCGAGUCAGCGGAAAGGGUGAGCUGGCCGAAGCACUCUACAUUCUCCGACCGGUUGUCUACGCCCUGGCUAUGCAACAUUUCAGUGGCGACAGGAAGAGCUGGAGGCCGUGGUUGAUCGGCGUCAGCAUGGAGUACGGCGCAAGACAACUGGCCAAGAAGGACUUCCAAGAGCGACUCGCUGGAGGCCUUCGCGGCUUGACUGGACUGGAGAAGGAAGAGCUGCGCAAGCGGGGCUGGUCCCUGGGAUGGUGGGCCAUGCGCGGCGCUUUCUACGAGAACAUCACCAAGGCCUGGAUACACAGUAUCACCGGAUCGCUGAAGGGCAAGCCUCUUCUCGAUAUGGUCGGCGGUGUCAUCGAAGACUACGAGUUCCUCUGGGAUCAGUACUACUUCCCCACCGCUACGCUAUGA